UUGAAGACCUGAAUGGCACAUUCUCAACACUCAGGAGUGACAUCUUGCCUGAGAGAGACACUCGGAGGAGGAAGAAGAUGAGGAGUCAGGAAUAAAUCUUUAUCUGGAAAAGGGUUUAUCUAAAGAGGCAUUUCUUGAUACAUUUAUCUUGAUUGGGACCCAAGUUAAUCAGAUUUGGAUUACAACACUGAUGAGGUUGCCAACUGCAUUAAAAGAGAGUUCACCAUCAAAAUGAUGCAUUUUCUAGAAAGAGAAAGAAGCUCUGAACUCUGGAAUGUUGUGUCAGCAUCCUCGAUAAAUAUUUGGUUUCACUGGAUUUUCCAUCUGUUUGGGUUCUGCCUUGCCUCGUGUUGCUUGGACUGUGUGUAAGUGAAAACCCAGAAGUCAGCUGGCAGCUGAGCUAGUUACGAUGGAAUCACAGGAAUCAGUGACCUUCAAGGAUGUAGCUGUAGACUUCACCCAGGAAGAGUGGGCCCUACUGGACACAUCCCAGAGGAAACUAUUCAGAGAUGUGAUGCUAGAGAACAUCAGUCAUCUGGUCUCAGUUGGCAAUCAGCUCUACAAAUCAGAUGUGAUUUCCCAUUUGGAGCAAGGAGAGCAACUUUCAAGAGAAGAGUUAGGUUUUCUGCAAGGCCAGAGUCCAGUCAUUUCAGGUAGAGAAGAUGAUCUGAGAAAACAGGAAAUGAUAUCCAUGCAACAUAUCUACAAGAAAGACACAUCUGUAAUCAGUGCAAUGCAGAGAUCUCACAGUCAAGAGGAUCUUUUGGAAUGCAAUGAUUUCAGAGAAAAAUUUACUGAAAUCUUAACAUUGACUCAGUAUGUGAUACCUCAAGUGGGAAAGAAACCCUUUUUCAGCCAAGAUUUUGGAAAAGCCAUCAGUUACUUGUCAUCCUUUAAUAUACAUAAGCAAAUUCAUGCUAGAAGUAAAUCAUAUGAAUGUCAUCAACGUACGAAUGCCUUUAUUCAAAGUUCUGCCCUUAGGCAGCACGAUAAUACUCAAACUGGAGAGAAAACAUUUGAAUGUCAUGUAUGUAGGAAAGCCUUCAGUAAAAGUUCUAACCUUAGACGACAUGAGAUGAUUCAUACUGGAGUGAAACCACAUGGAUGUCAUCUGUGUGGGAAAUCCUUUACUCAUUGUUCUGACCUUAGAAAACAUGAAAGAAUUCACACUGGAGAGAAAUUAUAUGGCUGUCAUCUGUGUGGGAAAGCCUUCAGUAAAAGUUAUAAUCUUAGGCGACAUGAGAUGAUUCACACUAGAGAGAAACCAAAUGAAUGUCAUCUGUGUGGGAAAGCCUUCACUCAUUGCUCUGACCUUAGAAAACAUGAGAGAACUCACUUUGGAGAGAAACCAUAUGGAUGCCAUCUAUGUGGGAAGACAUUCAGUAAAACUUCUUACCUUAGACAACAUGAGAGAACUCACAAUGGAGAGAAACCAUAUGAAUGUCAUCUAUGUGGGAAGGCCUUCACUCAUUGUUCUCACCUUAGAAAACAUGAGAGAACUCACACUGGAGAGAAACCAUAUGAAUGUCAUCUAUGUGGAAAAGCCUUCACUGAGUCUUCUGUCCUUAGACGACAUGAGAGAACUCACACUGGAGAGAAACCAUAUGAAUGUCAUCUGUGUUGGAAAGCCUUCACUGAUUCCUCUGUCCUUAAGCGACAUGAGAGAACUCACACUGGAGAAAAACCAUAUGAAUGUCACCUAUGUGGGAAAGCCUUCAAUCACUCUUCUGUCCUUAGACGACAUGAAAGAACUCACACUGGUGAGAAGCCAUAUGAAUGCAAUAUAUGUGGUAAAGCCUUCAAUAGAAGUUAUAACUUUAGAUUGCAUAAGAGAAUUCACACUGGAGAGAAACCGCAUAAAUGUUAUCUAUGUGGGAAAGCCUUCAGUAAAUAUUUUAACCUUAGACAACACGAGAGAACUCAUGCUGUAAAGGUAGUAAAUGUGGAAGAUUCACCACCCAUAGCUUCAAAGUAUAAACACUAUUGUGGACUCGCACAGUGAAGAAAUACUAUGUUUAUAUUCAGUGUAUAAGAGCCUUUAUUCGUCCUUAUUACUCCACUCAAAGUUAAUACAAAGUGGAGAGAAUCCAUAUGUAUGUUACUUAUGUAACAAAGCAUUUAGCAGUGGACUCAGGUGGGAGAACUGAAACUGCAAAUGGAAUGAAUUUGGGAGAAUCUUCAUCCUUAGCUGUAACUGUUAAACUAAAUGGAUAAAUCACAUGUCAGAGAAAUUCUAUGUCUGUAAUCAGUGUGGAAAUGCCUUGAGUUAUAAAUUAUCCUCUAAAUAAAUAAGUAAACUGCACAAGAGAGAAAUUCUAGACCUGUAAUCACUGUG